UUUUGAAACCCUAGCCGUUCAUGAAGUCCAUUGAAGUUUCUUGCCUCUCGCCUCGUCUUCUCUCCCAUUGCGCCAUUGACUUCUACAGCCAUCGACUAUUACAGCGCCUCGUCUGUCGACCAGUCUAGCCAUCGAUUGUUGCAACGCCGCUCGUCCGUGUCGACCGUCGCGGGUCUCACCGUCGCCGCUGUGAUAGAUGCUCAAACAUGUUUUGAGUACCAAAAUUUGGAUUCUCCAUUUGAAAAUGAAGCACUUCGUAAGAGCAUUAAGGAGUUGGAAGAUCAAAUUCAAAAUACGCCAAGAUCUGAGCAUGGAGAAGGAAGAUGUUAGUGCGUCAACCACAUAUGAGGAAGGGAAGAAGAAGAUGGAAGCUAUUAGUGUACAACCAAUCUUGAAGGAGAGAGUUUCAGAGAAUGUGGGAAAGGAUGAGGAAGUGAUUGCUAUUAGUGUACUACCGAUCUUGAAGGAAAAAGCUUUAAAGACGAUGUCGAAAGACAAUGAAGUUAUUAGUUCACCAUCCAAUUUAUCAAUAUCCUUGAAGUCUAUUCUUAGUUACGCUAAAAAGGUACCUACACUCAUUCAUUGUUGAUUCAAAUAAAGGGUCGAAGUAUAUUUUUGUAGAUCCAUCUCUUAUAUCCGCGAGCCAAAAUACUCGAGAAGUUAAAGCUUAGAAGCUUUGUAGUAGAUUAAUGGCUUUUGAACACGGUCAAUUAGUUAUUGCUCCUUAUAAUCCCAGUAAGUAUAAUUAGUUAUACUCAUGUUCGGAACCUUGUACUCAUGUUCUACCUUUUCCUAUUCUGUUCCAAUGUAGAAUUGUGUUGGGAUCAUUGUACUUGAAAGCUCCUUGUACUCAUGUUCUACCUUUUCUUUUCUUUUUUCCAAUGUAGAAUUGUGUUGGGAUCAUUGUACUUGAAAGCUCCUUAUAUUCAUGUUCUACCUUAAUGUAAUGAGCUACCUUCAUGUUCCAUAUUAAUUAGUUGUGUAUUUUAUUUAGUGAUCAUUGGUCGUUAAUUGUUAUCAAUGCAUAUGAUGACGUGGUGUACUAUCUUGACUCAUUGAGAACAAGUUCACGAGAAGAUAUCAAAUACAUAACAAAUAUAUAAGCUAACUUUGCUUGAGUUUUUUUUUUUUUUUAGUGUAAAGUUUAUUUCAUUAUGAAAAUUAUACUAUACUCUUUGACGAAUAUAGCGCAAUGACCAUUUUUCAGUCAAAAAAAUUUGUAAAAGACUCGAAAAACCACAUUAUGAAAAACAGUCAAGGUAAGUAUAAGAGCAUUGAA